AUGGAAGAUAAAGAAAGCACAGAAUCUGGGUCAUUUGGAGGCAACUCAGCGAGCCAGUCACCGCCGCCAGUGACUGGUGGUGGUGGGGUGGUGCCAAGGGUGAUGAACAUGGCUGUGAACAUGAGUAUGGAGGGAAGUCUUGCGGGGAGCACAGGAGUGGGAGGUGGUGGGAUCAUGGGUAGUGGUGGUGGUGGGAGUGGGAGUGGUGAUUUGACGGGGAAAAAGAAGAGAGGGAGGCCAAGAAAGUAUGACGCAGACCGAAACUUGAGACUGCCAAACAUGGCAUCAGGAUCACGACAAGUAUCACCACCACCAGGCUUUUCUCUCUCUUCACCUUCUUCUGAGUUGGGUUCCAAAAGGGGACGUGGUCGGCCACCUGGUUCUGGUAACUGGCAACUCCUCGCUUCUUUGGGUGAGUUGUUUGCAAAUACGGCCGGAGGGGACUUUACGCCACAUGUGGUGACAGUACAUACUGGAGAGGAUGUUGCAGCAAAGAUCUUUUCAUUUGCUCAAAAGGGUCCUCGGGGGAUAUGCAUUCUUUCAGCCAAUGGAGCUGUUUCCAAUGUCACAAUUCGCCAACCCGGUUCUUAUGGCGGCAUUUUGACAUAUGAGGGCCGCUUUGAGAUACUAUCUCUAACAGGAUCAUUCACAAUUUCUGAAAAUGGUGGCAUCAAAAGUAGGACUGGCGGAUUAAGUGUCUCAUUGGCUGGUCCUGAUGGCCGAGUGAUUGGUGGUGGUAUUGCUGGUCAAUUAAUGGCCGCUAGCCCUAUCCAAAUUGUGGUGGGAAGCUUCAUGCCAAACGGUUUUAAGGCACAUAAAAGAAAGCACCAGCAUGAAUAUACAAUGGCCCCCCUUGUCCAUGGUGCUCCAGAUACGGUGACAGUGGCGACACCAAUCUCACAAGCAGCACCAGAUAGCAGCAGUUUUCCAAAUCUGGGAUCUCAAUUACCAGGACAAUGCCUUGGGGAAGAAGAUGACAGCAACAGCAACAAAGAGAACCCGAAUCCCACAUCUGUGGUUCGAAAUGGAUCGGAGCCCAUUUCUGAUCCAAGACCAUCUCCUGAUAUCAAUGUGCCUCUGGCAUUUGAAUAG